GACUGGUUCCGGAUCUACACCAGACAGUCGGGCACCAAUGUUCUGGGCCUAUGGCAGUUCAAGGCGCUGCAGCUCUUUUCUCUCAACAUCAAUCCCAGCGAGUUCUGCGAAGUGGCUGCCUGCGUCAGCAAGUUUGCUGCCGACCACAAUGCCGGAACUCAUGGUCUAGACAGGCUGCUCGAGGUGGCGCAGAGGAAGCGUGACGAAUUCGAAGCGAUGAGGCAGCGCGAAGAAGAGGAGGCGGAGGAAUUCGAAGCCGCGCAGGGCCUGGAGGAUGACCUUCCCUCCUUCUUGGAGCGCCACCCAGCACCGAGAGGAAUGGACGAUGUGGAGUGGCGGUGGCUUCCAGAAUCAGGUGUUGGGCGUUGGGCUGCCGAGGGUCGCCUGGCCUUGGCCGCACCCAGCAUUCAGCAUGCCGAGAACGAGCUGUCUCGUGCACAGCUGCAGCAAGACGUCGCCUGGCAGGACCAGAUGAAGGAACAACACAGACGGAGCCAAGAGUGGAAGGAGUGGGAGACCGAAGGCGACAAGUACAUGCAGGAAGUGGUCUACCACCUAUGGGACUCAUGCAUUUCCGGAUCGGAGGAGUGUGAAAUGGAACUGGGAGAUCUGCGUGCCUUGGUGGAGAAAUGGCGACCGGAUGGGCAAGCCUCAGCCUGUCAGGUCACGGAACCGAAAAAGAACAAGAUGCUCCCGGGUGGCCUCCGAGCGGGCCAUCGGCUGGUAGCCUUCGGCGUCAAGGACGAGCUGGCCGCCGAGAUCCAAGCUCUGCCAGAGGGGACGCGACCUUUCCCUGAGGAGCAACCCAGGCCUGGAGAGUUCACCUGGUACUUGCUGGACCACAUGGCUUCGUUCGCCUUGCAACUCAAUCCCAAAGCUCUCGUGCGAGUGGAGUACUUCACCAGAGAUGGCUACUGGGCCCAUCUUGAAUCGACGCAGCAUGCUCUCACGCGCGUAUGGAGAUGCCACUCGCGUGCCCAGUCCGGCUUUGCGAAAGCAUCGAACUGGACCGGAUUCCUCAAUCUCGUGGCAGAUAUGGUCGGCCUCGGGGACAAGCAUGAUGUCACCGAGGGCCGUGGCGCGUGGCAGGAGACCUUCAGCGGAUUCCUCCCCAUGCGGAUCGAGGUGCGCUAUGGAUCUGGCAAAGCUUUCAGCGCAGACAAGGAGCAGAAGACCAAAAUGGAGGCGAACGUCUUAGAAGCCGCAGUUGGCGAACUCCUGGCAUCAAAGGAUGAUGCCUGCAUCGCUUUGGCCAAGCUGAUCAGUGUGCUUUGUGGUCUCUGUGCGCUCUAUCCGCCCGCAAAUUUGCCACCAUCCAACCGACACAUGCUCUUCAAGUACGCCAGCAAGAUCUGUUCACCGAUCCCAGGGCAUCGGCACUUGGACCAUGAACAGUUGGAUCGGUGGAUCGACGGCGAGCUGCUCAAGUGCGACUGGCUGAUAGCCGAUGGCGAGGAUCCUGGAAUCCCCGACACGCCCGAGCUGCUGUUGGAAGGGAGCCCUCCGAUACUCCCCGAAGAGCCAGGAUAUAGCAAGGGCCUACUGCAGCGCAUUCAUCAGCACAACUGCAUCCAAGCCACUAAGAUUGUCAAUUGCUUGAAAGAAAUUGAUUUCAAGAUGUGGGAGCCGAGGUGCAAGGAAAAGAUCAUACCAGGCUACCCGCCGGAGUCCACCCCAGAGGCGAGAAGCGAUCCCUCUGCCGAUGGUCCCCCGGCUUCCUGGGGCCGCAAGGACAUGUUUCUGAAACUACCGGAUGGUUCGUGGACUUGCCUGCUCUGCGACCGGGGCGCCACAGACGAGCACGUACUGUCGAAAAAGCACGAGAGCAACCUCAGAUACUCAGACGGAGAGAUCUUGAAAUGGGUAGCCCAGAACAGGCAGAAGCACGCAGAGCCACAAAGUGCAUCUUCUGCAGCAGCAGCUUCCGAGAAGCCGGAGACGACAGCUCCUGCGAUGCCCAUGCAAGGAGGAGCUCAGAGACCUCCGGCAAGUUGGGGUCCAGUCAAGUUCUACUGGCUAAACAAGGAUGGAGUUUGGGAGUGUCUCCUGUGCGACAAAGUCGCCACCGAAGAGCACGUACUGAGCAAGGGUCAUAUCAAGUAUGCUAAAUUUCCCGACGCUUGGCAGCAAUGGACGGUGUUUGCUCAGAUUGGUUGCUAUGACUUUGCUGCCGAUUAUAAGUAG